GCGGACCCCCGCGGCGGCGGCCUCCAGCCGCCUGCCGAGCGGGGCCUCCGCGGGGGCAGCGCUAGAAGGGGCACGUGCGCAGGGGGGCCCGAGCCCUCGACGUGAUCGAGCCUGUUUGUUUUACUUGUAUGCCAUGUUUUUCAUUCAGAAGAGGCAAGCUACUGGCAUGGACAUUGGGGGGAGGGGCUGAGCCUGCAGCAGGCCGCAAACGGCUUGCACGGGCGGCGAGCAGGCAAGUCGAGAGGCACUUGACGCUAGUUUUCGCAUGAAGAGGGGCGAGUGGGGGGGAGCGAAAAUUAUCCCGGCAAAGCAGCCUAACAGCGAUGUGUAUAUGCAUAUUUCCACAAGCGUCUAUGGACACGUGGGGUUUUGUUAAUUACAUACAAAAGGCCCAUGCGGGGAGGAUACGUCUACAGACAACGCGGCCGUUGCGUUCGACGCAGUACAUGGUCGCAGAAAGAGUAGAUCCGUCUACAGUAUGCUCCUCCGUCUACAGUAUGCUCCGAUGGCCGAAGUCUAGGGUCUCCCGAGGCCCAGAGAUCUAAUGGAUCGGUGUCGUCAAUCCCGGUGUAUGUGUCGUCGAUGUCGGUCUUCUGGGGGCCCCCAGGGUCAUCCAAAAGACGGAGAACCGCGCUCGAGGAAGGAGGCGAUCCUUCUGGGGCCCACCAACUGGAACAAUCAAUCCGUCGUGUUUGGCGCCCGGAGACCCUUCGCCGAUUUCAGGCCCCUGGGGCCCCAGGACCGCCAUGAAGCAGUUGGGGAUGGAAACCUUGCCCCGGGGAGCCACCCCGGGGCCAGCCCGUGCCCCGCAUGCCCGUGGAGGUGGCGUGGCCGCAGGGCGACGUCGGCCUGUCCUUCGACGAUGGCAUCGCGCGCCUGGUGCCGACCCCGGAGUUGCAGAAGCAGGAUCCGGAUCGGUCGGCGGCGCAGUCCCUGUCGGGACGCGCGGCCCCGGCCCCUGAGGGGUGCCCUGCACCAGGCGCAGGGCAUCCCCGCCUGACCGAGCUGGUGCAGGCAGCGCUCUCGGGCCCAGGCCCAGCCGUGAUGGAGAUCACGGGCGAGUGGUCCCAGGACGAGCCGCUCGAGAUCACCACGGGUCACCGUGUCGUGCUCUACGGCAGCAGCUCGGAGGAUUUGGGCAGAGCGUGUAUCACGCUGCCUGGUGUGCGCGUCAUUGGCGGCUCUUUGAUGCUCGUUGACCUUGAGCUGACCGCCACCGAGGAGAAUCGAGUCCAGGGCGGGUGUUUGCAGUGUGUGCGGUGUUCUAUCACAUCGAGGAACGGCUGCGGGGUGCUCUGCUUGCAGAAGUCGAAUGUAUCCCUCCAAGGCUGUGAGAUUAUGAGGUGCAUGCGCAGUGGGAUCGGCAUCAACGGUAAAAAUGUGGAGCUGGAUGUGAAGCAAUGCCUCGUGUCGCGGAACGUGUUCUCCGGGAUCGGCGUGAACCACCAGGCUCGAUCCAUCGCCUUGCGCGAUAACUGCAUCACGCAAAAUGGCCUGCACGGUAUCUGGCUCAACGUGGGUGUGACAGCGCACUGGCACGGCGGCGACCUGUCGGGGAAUCGCUUGACCGACCAGGCCGGCGCAGGCCAGCUCGUGGGAUACACCGCUCCAGGCGCCGAGUAGUUCCAGCCGGUCGGCUGGGCGGGCUCCAGGUUCCCGAGCCCACACAUAGUUCGCGCCAGCUCGCGGGCGCUGGCCAUUUCGAGUCAGCGACCGCAGCCCCGGCCAGACCGACCUGCGAGUCGUCUCGGGCACCGAGGUUUGCCUAGGUGGGGGCCAGCCUGAACGCAAGAUCUUGCAAGUCCUUGCGCUGGUUGACCACGAUUGCGGAGACUGGCUUAACCGCGCCCCUGCAUGGCUACUGAGCCAAGUGCAGCUGCAGCACCUUCGUUCAAUAAUCAGAUGUGGCCGCCCCCGUGCGGUGCUAACGUGGGCCAGCUUGUUUUUUACCGUCCAGAGUAGGGAGUCGCAGCCAGCCCUCGCACUGGGGAGGAGAAGGAGGA